AUGGCAGAGCGGAUCUCGAAUGAGCCAUGGGUGACCAAGCUUGUGGCUGCGUGGAAGGAGGUGGUUCCUGAGGGCACCAAGCAGGAGCGCUUGUACUGCAAGCAGGACGAACUGCUGAAGGGCAUCAGCGACAGCAUGGUGCUCAACAGCGAGACGGAGGAUGGCAUCAAGCUCAAGGAGGACUUGUGCAAGCAGAAUGCAAACCUGGUGGCUGC